UGAAACUCGGUCCAAUCCAGUUUAUUAGCGACCAACUCAAGCGCGUGCCUCCUGUCGUCUAUGAUGACCUAGGUGGAAAGCAUGUCGUCGUGGUUGGCGCAAACGUUGGCCUCGGCUUCGAGGCAGCAAAGCAUUUCGCGCGCAUGAACCCGGCGAAGCUCGUUCUUGCGUGUAGAAGCCAGGAGAAGGGCGAGGCUGCACUCCGAAGGUUGAGAGAAGAAACUGGCUCUAAGGUGGCCGAACUGUGGCUGAUCGACCUCGCAGACUUCGCGUCUGUUAAAGCAUUUGUCGCACGCUACGAGCAAGAAGGCGGAAGGCUCGAUCUCCUCGUCGAAAACGCCGCUAUCGCUCCUGUCUCGGGACCAAAGGUGCAAAUGACGGUAGAUGGGUGGGAGCCAGCGUUCCAGACGAACAACCUGUCGACUUCGCUUCUGGGUCUUCUUUUAUUGCCUAGGAUGCUAGAGACUGCGAAGGAGCACAACACCCUUCCACGUCUCGUCGUCGUGUCGAGCGACGUGCACUAUUGGUCCCAGAUGGGCUCGAACCGGACGCUGUUGGACUCGGAGAAUCCGUUGCAGACCUUUGGAAGUGAGGCUUACUGCACACAGAGGGUCAUUGGCGCCCGCUAUCUUGAUACCAAACGUUUGAAUGUUCUCUUCACCCGCGCCCUCGCCGACCGAUUACACAACAAACCGAUCAUCGUCGACACCGUGAAUCCGGGGUACUGCUACUCAGAACUUCGGAGAGGCUUCACCGGGUUCAUGGCACUUUUCGACUGGCUUAUGGAACUCGCGCUUGCUCGAACGACGGAGGAAGGUGCUCGUCAGCUAGUCUGGGCAGCCGUUGGUGCGAAGGGAGAAGAAGAUAGCAUGAGAGGGGCGUACAUCUCUCUAGCUGCUGUCUCUGAGGCCAGCGAUUAUGUGAUUAGCAAACAGGGGCGCGAGGACCAGAAUAAGCUAUGGGACAACUUGAUCGACAUCUUGGUAAAAGUUGACCCACGAGUUCGAGACAUUGUUGAGAAUGAUCUCGCGCCGUUGAACGUUCGUACUUACUAGU